AACGCCUGUUACCGGGGCUGCCGGCUGUUCUCCAUCUGUCACUUCGUGGAUGCGAGCGCCGAGCUCAACACGACCAGAGCUGAGUGCGAAGCAGCCUGUGCUGAAGCCUACGGCAACGCAGAGGAGCAGUUUGGGUGCGUGACCGGGUGCCGCAAGCAGCUGCCCGAGGUGGAGGAGAGCAGGAAGGAGAAGAGCCUGGAGCUGAAAUUGCCGUCGUUCUCCAUGCUGGAUUUGGUCUCCACCUUCUGCAACGACAUCGUCAGCUCUGCCCAGAGCUUCAUCUCCUCCACCUGGACCUUCUACCUGCAGGCGGAUGAUGGCAAAGUCGUGGUGUUCCAGUCCCAGCCUGAGAUGGAGUUCCCAGCAGCCGAGGCCCUGGAGAUCCAGCCAGCACAGCCGGGAUCGGGGUCGGGGUCCAGCCCUGGUGUCCCCCAGCCCCACACAGGCCCCCGGGCAAAGGGGGACAAGCCCCCUGUGAAGGAGCCGCGGGGCAAGGCCAAGGUGCAUCCCCCGGAGCCCCCGCAGCAGGAGCACGACUUCCUGGGCUGCAUGUCCAA